AACGUCGCUGGACCGAAAGCUCGCUUGCUCAUGACAUCACUUUCAGCGACCCAUUACGUUUCAGGAUUUGGAUCGGAUGGGUAGGCUGUGUUAAGCCGGUUUUUUGGUCGUGUAUUCCUCGUGUAUCUUUUUAAACUCUGGCCCUCUUCUCACAAUCAGCCCUGCAGCAUGUCGGUCCAGGAUAGCGGGAUAUACGCAAAGCUGUCAGAGACCAUCAAAGGUCGCAGCGGCGCGCCCACAGAUGUGCCUGUGGAUCCAGUGACAAAGCAGUUCACGCCCGGCUUCGUCGAGCGGUCAAUGGGCCCCAGCGUGCGCGAAACACCGACGCACGUGUACAACGACCGCGUAAACGGCCGCGCCCUUCUUCUCACCAACCCAUUCAAAGAGAGCCCGAGCGACAAGGGCCGCGUAGGCGAUGCAAAGCUCAAGCGGCGGGCUAACCGCAAGACCAUCACAGCGAAGGAGAAGCGGGCGCUAAGGAUAUACGACAUCCCGGAAGCGGCACGGAAGUACGAGCUGUUUCUGCCAUUGCAUGAGAUGUGGAACCAGUACAUGAGCGGGCUUCUCGGCAAUGCGCAGGGGAAGCCAGCGACCAUGCUGAACAAGAUUGUCAAGGCGGAUAUGCAUGGAGCAGAGAUGACGGUUGUCAAAGCACGGUGCCCAAACUUUGUCGGGGUGUCGGGAAUCGUUGCGCAGGAGACCAAGAACACAUUCAAGUUCAUCACCAAGAGCGACCGCCAGGCGGUGGUUCCCAAGGCGCACUGCGUGUUCAUGCUGAAGCUGCCAACAGGCCAGACAUGCAAGCUGUUUGGCGACCAGUUUGUAUUCAGGGCCAGCGAGCGCGCGACACGAAAGUUCAAGCCCAAGCCGUCUGUAGACCUGUAAAGGAAUAUUAUUGC